AUGUCAAAUACAAAAACCAAGCUUUUGGAGGUUAUAAAAGGUAUUCAAGAGAAUAGGAUCAUGGAGGUUUUUGAAAAGUAUUAUCACGAUGAUGUUAUUAUGUAUGAAAAGAGAGACUCAACCAAUCGUGUGGGAAAAGAAGCAAACCGAAUAUCAGAACAAGUUUUUGCAGAUAAUGUGAUUAUUAAAGAAGCAAAAAUUUUAAAACUAUUGGUAGAUGGAAAUAACUCUGCCUACCAAAUGUUUAUGGAUUUUUCGUCUUGUUCUAAAUGGAUUUUAGAUUUUUUUAAAACAUUUAUUUAUUUUUGGUGUGAUGUUUAUUUUAAAGAUAUUUUUAAAGCAAACUCAUAUGUAUGCGAAUCAAAUUACUAUACACCAAUUGAUCAAGGUGUUUUAUCCAAAAACCAGUAUACCCAUAUUAUAGAAGGAGUUUUAGGUAAUAAAUUUGUUGGGUUCCCACCAAAAGAACAACCACAUAUUACAAUCAAUGCAUUUUACUCACCAAUGCCAAUGGAUGGAGUAGAUCAAUUUUCAUUUAAUAUAACCGAUAUGGGAGAAUUGAAAAAAGGAUUAGGUUACUAUUUAUUUACAGGCAGAGCACUAUUCCCAUUUACUAUUGGUCUAUUCCAAGGUCCAUAUAUCAACAGUUUAUCAGGUUCUCAAAUUUAUAAUAUUAAUUUAUUAACCUUUACAAAUGACUAUGAAAAAAGAGUACCAUAUUUUGAUAAAGACUUUUUCAAACAAGAUAAAGGUUUAACAACUACUAUUAACAUCAUCCCACAAGUAGAUCCAAAGAAUUUAAAUGAAUUUAGAAAUGCUAUAUUUUCAUAUGCAAAAGACAUGGAAUGCUAUUCACCACAACCUCCAGAAUGUCCAUAUUCAAAUUUUCCCAAAAGAAUUAAAAAUAAAAACACCAGAUGUUUAAACUAUGUAACCCCAAAUGCCAAUGAUAAUGGAUGCUUCCCAGUAUCUUUAGAUUUUUGUUCCGCUCCACCAAAAUGUACCCAAGGUUAUGAUUUAAUUCCAUUCUUCAACAAUGGAAGUCUUUGUCCAACUUACUUGUGUGAUUUUUCUAAUAAAUAUUCUUUUUACUAA